UGUAGUAGCUCUGAACAAGUGUUGCAAUCUGCUCAUUACAAAAUUCUCUUAACUGCCUGACCACCCUUUCUCCAAAUCUUGAUUAAAUCCCUUUCCCUUAUUCCCCCAAGCUGUUCUGGAGCUAUUGACUUCUGUAUACUUGAGCUGGAUUAACGACUGUUGGCUUUAUUUGUAGGGCUGAAGAGCUUUGAACAGUAUGGUGAGGUGGUUCCAUCCCAAUAUCACAGGGAUUGAAGCUGAGCAGCUCUUGUUGACAAGAGGUGUUCAUGGGAAUUUCCUAGCUCGACCAAGCAAAAGUAACCCUGGGGACUUCACUUUAUCAGUUAGGCGAAAUGAAGAAGUAACACAUAUCAAGAUCCAGAAUACAGGAGACUUUUAUGACCUAUAUGGAGGAGAAAAAUUUGCAACAUUGGCAGAAUUGGUUCAGUAUUACACAGAGCAACAAGGUCUCCUACGAGAGAAGAAUGGAGACAUAAUUGAACUGAAGUAUCCUCUGAACUGCCAAGAUCCAACAUCUGAAAGGUGGUACCAUGGACAUCUAUCAGGUAAAGAUGCUGAAAAACUUCUGACAGAUAAAGGAAAACCUGGAAGUUUCCUGGUCCGUGAAAGUCUCAGUAAACCAGGGGAUUUUGUUCUAUCUGUGUUAACUAAUGAAGAAAAGGUUGAAAAUGGAGAUCGUAAACCAAGAGUAACACAUGUGAUGAUUCGGAAUCAGGAUGGGAGGUAUGAUGUUGGUGGAGGUGAAAGAUUUGACACACUUACUGACCUGGUGGAGCACUACAAAAAAAACCCAAUGGUAGAAGUUUCUGGAAUUGUCGUCCAUCUUAAACAGCCAUUUAAUGCUACAAGAAUAAAUGCUGCAAACAUAGAGAAUCGAGUGAAGGAACUCAAUAAAACAGCAGAUAAUACAGAAAAAGCCAAGCAAGGCUUUUGGGAAGAGUUUGAGCUUCUUCAGCAACAAGAAUAUAAACUACUAUACAGCAGAAAAGAGGGACAGAGAAUAGAAAACAAAAGCAAGAACAGAUACAAAAAUAUUUUACCAUUUGAUAAUACCAGAGUGACACUGAAGGAAGUGGAUGAAACAAUAUUGGGAUCAGAUUAUAUAAAUGCCAAUAAUAUCACAAAUGGAAAAAUUGGAGAUGAUUCCAAAAACUACAUUGCAACACAAGGCUGUCUUCAGAAUACAAUCAAUGAUUUUUGGAAAAUGAUUUAUCAGGAAAAUACACACGUCAUUGUCAUGACAACCAAAGAAGUUGAAAGAGGAAGGAAUAAAUGUUUUCGCUAUUGGCCAGAUUUAGAAGCAUCGAAACAGUAUGGCACAAUUUUUGUGCGAAAUCUGGAAGAACGCAUGGCACAAGAUUACACUGUGCGAGGACUGGAGGUCGUACAAACAGCCCGGAAUGAACCACCUAGGCACAUAUGGCACUAUCAGUAUCUCAGCUGGCCAGACCACGGGGUGCCCAAUGAACCAGGAGGAGUACUGAGUUUCCUGGACCAAGUAAACCGAGCACAGCAAAGCAUUCCAGAUACUGGCCCUAUUGUAGUGCACUGCAGUGCUGGGAUUGGAAGAACAGGAACCAUAAUUGUUAUAGACAUGUUGGUAGCUGACAUUAACAGGCAAGGUUUGGACUGUGACAUAGACAUCCCUAAAACAAUUCAAAUGGUACGAAAACAAAGAUCAGGAAUGGUACAGACAGAGGCUCAGUAUAAAUUCAUUUACAUGGCUGUGCAGCAGUAUAUUGAGACAGUUCAGAAAAGAUUACAGGAGGAACAGAAAAGCAAGACAAAGGAACGAGAGUACUCAAAUAUCCACUAUCUACGUGUGGAGAAAACUAAAACCAAAAGGCAUGCUGCCCCAUCUCGAGUUUUUUCUGCGUUGAAAGAAGAGCCAUCCUGUCUUUAUGAGAAUUUAAACAUCAAAAGUUCCAAAUCAUCAGCAAGUUACAACACAAAGAGAUAAAAGCACCAAGGGUAGAGUGGUUGUAUGUAUAAUAAGCACAUUAACAAUACAAGAAACUUAAAAACUUUCUCUCUUUACUUACAAUGUGCACGCUCCUAUUUUUUCACGUGUCACUAUUUCAUAAGCAUUGUCACCCGCAUUGUCAUAAAAUGCUCUUUGCUAACCUGCAUUCAUGUUUUGGAUGCUUUCUCCUGAUCUGAGCAUCCCAUCUUCUCUAUUUCUCUUAUCCCUGGCAUAUCUACUCUUCACCUCAUCUCUUUUAGUGUCUUCCCCACUGUCCCCUUUCCUCCUUCAUUACAGCAUGUCCACGUAGAUCUCCCUGUAUUUACUCCAGUACUUUUCUCUUGAACUCCAAUGUUGUCUCUACUCUGUUUCUCCAUGACCUCUGGGCAUCUUCUACCAUACUCGCCAUGUUAUUCAGCACUGGUUUACUCCAAGCUGUCUCUCAAACUAUGCCCCUUUCUUCACUCUUGACAUUUAGCCGUCCACAAUGCUCCCUGAGGGUCAAUUUCUCCAGUUUUCUCCUCAUUCCUUCUCUCCGACCCACACACACCAACUAACCCAGGCACUUCAGACUCCUUCCCCAACCCAUUCCAGUGGGCCCCUCUGCAUUGCUUCUUCCUCACAAACAAGGCUCUCCCCAGCUCUUGACUGGAGGUGAGCACCAACAACAUGGCCUGACUGAGACCUGCUUUGCUGUUGGUAACUCUUUCUGUCUUACCAAAACCCACUGCCUGAUCAUCCAGUCCACUACCCAAACCACUAUAGACAACAGUCUUCUCCAGAUCUUACCUCUGUUUCUGUUUUUACUGUACCAGCUCUUCGUUUGUGCAUCUCAUCCUUUAGCAUUCCUAUCAAUCCUCUUAAAUCUCCUUUAAGUUUCUUAUUUUCUACAAGCCUGUUCAUAUUUCUCACUGAAAACUCUUCCCUCUGGAACUCAAUUUCUACACUGAAAUACUUUUUUUUCUUGAAGACUUGACUCUUCCACAUGCAAUCGUCCUGCUUCACCCCCUCUUAAUUCUCUACUGCCCCCUCCUUCAUUGACCUCGCCCUUUAUGUAAACUCUCCCACCCGCACACAGAUGCCUUCCGCCUUGAUCUUGCAAUUUCACAGCACUCAAAUCUUCUUCACUGACUGGACCAUUUCCUCACUCCACACGUCUCUAUUCUAUAUACCAACCUCUCCCUGCUCUCUCAAACACUCCUCUGAAACCGCUCUAGCUCACUUCCUUUAAAUAUAAUUUAAAAACCUCUGUCUUCUGCUGUGAUAUUGUCUUUUACAACACUCUCCCACUGCCCGACUAUAAUCUGCCUUGUUGCUCCUUAAUAUUUGCUUAUCUUCAUUUUGAAACACCUUCAAACUUAAGUGUCACUCUACAAAUUUUAAGAUGCUGUUGGUAUCAACUUCUGUGUUACAAAAUUAACCUGGAACUAAUAUUGCACUUAUGUAACAGACUUUGUAAUUACUCAUUUCGGUGACAUUUAUCCUCAUUAAUUAUGAAGAAUUUAGCCAUACGAGAGGAUUUUGCAACUAUUACUUGACAAAAGUUUCUACCUUCUAAUUCCCCCUCACCCAACUUUAAACUUCAGCAGUAACAAGAAUAAUGCUGUCACCUUAAUGUCCUCUUUGUGUUCUCUCCAGAAUCACUUCUGUUUACGUAACGCUUCUGCGUGCAUCUGCAAUGAGAAUUGCUCUGUCCCAGCUUGCCUCUGGAUCCCUAUGCAGUGCAAUUCUACGAACCAAAUGUCUACAGGAAAUUGCCUUACAAAGACUGUUUGUUUAAUUUAUUAACAAGACAAAAUAAUUUUUUUUAAAAUUACGCUGUUAUUAUCAGCUUGUAUUUAUAUGUGUACUUUAAGUGCCUCUUCUUGAAACUGAUAAACAGUGGGGUUUCUUUUUUAAGAUUUUAGAUUAUCCACACAAUACGUUGGAUGCAUAUAGAAAAAGAGAACAAAAAUAUUUGACUUGUAAUACUGUAAGCUCAUUAAUUUUAUCAUCUGCUGUACUGCAUGUUCUUAAGGUGAAAAGAUAAAUGAUGACCACUACAUUUUGCAAAUGCCUUGAGUUGUUCAACCACAUUACAAACAACUGAAGUACUGCUCAAAGCGUGUUGGUGGCACUGCUCAGUUUAACUGCAAUUCUGGUGGCGGAGGAGACGAUAAACUCAGCAGCAGUACCACCAGCAGGAAUAGUGUGGUACUGCAAUUUGGAAUUUGAGUGGAAGUUCGAAACUUGUAUUUUUGAUUCUUAAUUGUUUUUGCAUGGUAGCGAUAUUGUAAUAAUUUUGUAAAUUUAAAAAUUGCAGAACCUUUGCGUUUCUAUUAUCCUGGAAUUUGCCUAAGUUUUGACUGGCACAAUUCAUACACAUUGAGUGAAUUUUGAUAGAAUGGCACUUCUCAUAUUUCAGAUUUGAAAUUAGCGGAUACAUCUACAAUAGCCAAAGACAUGAGGGUUUGCAUUUUUUUAAAAUAUAAGAGUUCGUUGAUCAUGGUAUUAAUAAGGCAUUCAGUGCUGAGUAAAGACAAUUUUCUUAAAAGCUAUUGUUAAUAUUAUGAAAUAACAUAGUUUUGCUUUGAGAGCGAAUAUGAAUUGCAGGUUCACCUACAAUUUUGGUAUGUUUUCGGUGUUAACUAUAUGCUGAUAAUUGCCUCAGAAAGUAAAUUAAAUGGGAUGCUCUCCCAACAUGCCAACAGUUACAACCACAACUCACCCUGUAUAUGUUGAUGUUUAUUGUUUUGUACCAGCAUUUGUUUAAUAGUAAAUUCUGACAUGUAGAAAAUAGCAUGUCUGGGGAAUUGGUGAAAGGGAAGAAACAUUUUCAUCAGUAAACUGACCUUAAAAGCU